AUGUGUACUUCUUCUGCCGAAAACCCUGAUCGUCAAGUUUUGCCUACUAACGUCAAGCCCACUCACUACGACUUGACUCUUCAACCUGACUUGAAGACCUUUAUCUUUUACGGUCAAGUUAAAAUCAACUUAAAUGUUAACAAGGAUACCAAGACAAUUGUGCUUAAUACGCGUGAUAUUAAGAUCUAUUCUGCCUCUUUGACUUCUGAAGGUCUCAAGACUGAAUCAAAGCAAACUGCUACUGAAAUUACAUAUGAUAAGGAAAAGGAUUUGGCUACAUUGAUCUUCAAUGAAACUGUCCCUGCUAAUACCAAGGCUGUUUUGGAAAUCUCUUUUGAAGGUGAAUUGAACGAUGCCAUGGCUGGUUUCUACCGAUCCUCUUAUAAGGAUGCUGAGGGCAAAACUCAAUAUUUGGCUACUACUCAAUUCGAAUCUACAGAUGCUCGUAGAGCUUUCCCUUGUUGGGAUGAGCCUAACCUCAAGGCUACCUUUGAUGUUACCUUAGUCGUUCCUUCGGAAUUAGUCGCUUUGUCUAACAUGGAUGUAAUUUCUGAAAAGCCUUACCGCGAUACUGGUAAACUUACUAUCGGUAAAACUGAAGGUAAAACUGAAGGUAAAACUGAAGGAAAGACUGAAGGAAAGACUGAAGGCAAAACUGAAGGAAAGACCGAGUCUUCUAGCCAAAGCUUAAAGGAAGUGAAAUACUCUACUACUCCUUUGAUGAGUACUUAUCUCUUGGCCUUCUGUGUUGGUCCUUUUGAAUACAUCGAAUCUUUUACUAGUGGUGAACAUAACGGUAGACCUAUUCGUUCUCGUGUUUAUGCUUUGCCUGGUUCCGUUGAACAAGGUCGUCACGCUUUGAAUGUCUGUACUGCUGCUCUUGAAUACUUUGCCAAGGUCUUUGGUGAACCUUACCCUCUUCCCAAGGUUGAUAUGGUUGCUAUUCCUGACUUUGAAGCUGGUGCUAUGGAGAACUGGGGUUUGAUUACCUACAGAACUGUUGCUUUGUUGUUUGACGAAAAGUCAUCGUCUAUUGUCUUCAAGAAGAGUACUGCAUACACAGUCUGUCACGAAUUAGCUCAUCAAUGGUUUGGUAACUUGGUUACUAUGGAAUGGUGGGACCAUCUUUGGUUGAAUGAAGGUUUUGCCACCUGGGUUGGCUGGUUAGCCGUCGAUAACAUCUUCCCUGACUGGGAUGUUUGGACCUCUUUUGUCAAUGAAGAUAUGCCUAGAGCUUUAAGUCUUGAUGCUCUUCGUUCUUCUCACCCUAUUGAAGUCACCGUAAACGAUCCUGCUGAAAUUCACCAGAUUUUUGAUGCCAUUUCCUACUACAAGGGUGCUAGUGUCAUUCGUAUGUUAAGUUCUUGGCUCGGUGUCGAUACUUUCUUGGCUGGUGUUAGACGCUAUCUGCGUCGCCACAAGUUGGCUAAUGCUUCUACCAAUGACCUCUGGAUUGCUUUGAGUGAAGAAGCUAAUGUAGAUGUUUCCAAGUUCAUGACUUUAUGGACCAAGCGUGUUGGUUAUCCUGUUUUGACUGUCAAGAAAGAAGGUGAAGCAUCCAUUAAGGUCACUCAAUCCCGCUAUCUCUCCACUGGUGAUUUAAGCGAUGAAGAAGACACCACUGUCUGGUGGGCUCCUCUCGGUAUUUUGGUUCCUGGCAAGGUUGAAGCUUACACUUUGACUGAAAAGUCUCAAACCUUUGACAUUCCUGCUGAUAGCUUAUUCAAAUUGAAUGCUGGUCAAACUGCUGUUUAUCGUGUCAACUAUCCUAUUGAAACCAUUCGUGUUCUCGGUGAAGAAGUCAAGAAAGGCAAGAACGGCCUUUUGUCCAACACAUCAGAUCGUGUUGGUUUGGUUGCCGAUGCUGGUAACUUGUGUGUCAGCGGUGAACAAACAACCACUGCUUUCUUGGAACUUGCUCAAGCCUUUGUCAAUGAAGAUAACUACUUUGUCUGGUCUCAAUUGAGCACUCAUCUUUCCAAGAUUCUUAGUGUUUGGUAUGAACAACCUAAAGAAGUGCGCGAUGGUUUGAAGGCUCUUCGUCGUAGUUUGUUUGCUCCUGUUGCUCACAAGCUCGGUUGGGAAUUUGCUGAAACAGAUGAUUACUUGACCAACAUUUUGCGUGUCCUUGCUAUCACCAAUGCUGGUCGCUCUGAUGAUGGCGAAACUGUCGAACAAGCCAAGAAGCGUUUCUGGCAAUUUGUUGAAGGCAACACAGAAGCUCUUCAUCCCAACUUGCGUGGUCCUGCUUACAACAUUGUCUUGGGUGCUGCUGAAAACGAAGAAGAAGAAGAAAAGUUAUGGGAACAAGUCUUGAAGAUCUACCGUGACGAGACUUUGCCUACUGAUCAACGCUUGAUUGCCCUUAACUCUUUAGGUGGUGUCAAGAGCAAGACCUUGAUCAAGAAAUACCUCGAGAUGUCUAUGGAUGAAAACGAAAUCAGAGGUCAAGAUUCUUUGUACGUCUUUGGCUCCUUGUCUUCUAACCCUGAUGCCCGUGAUUUGCUCUGGGAAUUCUUUAUCAACAACUUUGAUACUCUCCAUGCCAAGUUUGCCAAGUCUUUGAGUUUGUUUGGUUCUGCUAUCCGUUCAGCAGUAGGUGGAUUUGUUUCCUUUGAUCGCAUCAAGGAAAUUGAAACCUUCUUUGCUGAUAAGGAUACCAAGGAAUAUGCCCGUUCUCUUGAACAAGCUUUGGAAGGUUGCAGAGUCAAUGCCAAGUGGGUUGAAAGAGACCAUCAACGUGUUGCUAACUGGGUUCACGAAAACGCAAAAAACUUUGCUUAA